AAAAACCCUGUCUGCUUUUCGCUCAGGGAUUUCUUUUUAGCAAAAAAGAGAAGGGGUGGUGGGAGGAGAGGAAACAGAAACAGCAUUUCGAGCAUCUUUGCUGCUUCUUUUUGCUUUGCUUUUCCCUUGCUAGAGCAGAGGAAGGGGGAAAUGUGCGCAAGCGGCAUCCCCGGAACGAAAAGGAUGGAGGCUUCGUUUCCCGGCCGGCUGCUGUUUUGGUGAGCUCGGCGGCGGCGGCGGCGGCGGCAGGAUGGUUGCUGCUACGGCGGAGUGGCGGUGAUCGCUCCGCGCGCCAUGGAGGAAGAGGACGCGAGAGACUACAAUGAACCUUGUGUACAGUGUUCUGACAUCAACUGGGGACUUACUGAAGAAGGAAAAUUUUACUGCAGAUCAUGCCACAAUGUUAUAGAAAGGACUAGAGAAGUUAUAACUGGUGAUGCUACUACAAAUGCCAGGGCACAAUCCAUCUCUAGAGGCUUAAAAAAGAAGAAAAAACUUGAAAGCAGCUGGGAAUGGUAUAUUUGUGAAGGCUUUCAAUUCAUUCUCUCGAAGCAAGCCGACGCACUGCAGGCUUUAGGAGUUUCUUCACAGUUCAAGGAUGACGUUUUGUGGAAGUUCUGGAGAAUCUACCUUCAGAAGAGCCAGCAAGCUUAUUGUGACAAGCCCCGCCGUGAAGUUGUGCGCGAUAUCUCGACGACGUGCGACUCGGAUACUGACGUCGACAGGGAGUUAGAAAUUACUAGAAUUCUUGGCUUGGCUUCCUCUGCAAGUGAUACAGAUGUGGUAUCCAAAUCUAGCAUGGGAGGUUUUUCUUCUACUAGCAAUUUAUCAGGAAAAUCUUUCUGGUCUGGAUCAGUGGAUGCUGGUUCAUAUUUACAGAAAAUGAAGAAAGGAGAGAUUAGAAUGUCAAUGCCGAUGACCCUGGCUUUCUGCUAUUUGGCAUUGCUCUGGUUGAGGGAAUCAAUUACAUUAUCACAUCUCUUAAGGCUGGUAAUGGAUGGCCACAUCCCUUACUUGAAUGCUUAUAAAGAUUUCCCAGAGGAGAUGAAGGUAUAUGGGACGGACUGCAAGAUCUUCCAUGUAAAGUCUUGGCCUGCGUAUGAAGAUGUUCACGAAAAGACGCAGGCCCUUGCUGUAUACCUGAAGCUACCUUGUUUUCCAGAUAUAGCAGAAGGCAGCUUCCUUCACCCGAACAUUCUGUGCAUGAAGUAUUUGAUGGAAGCCAACUUGCCUGAUGAUAUGCACAAGUGGACGUGCAGAGUGGUAAAAAAAACUGGCGUUGGUGAAGUGGACUUCCUGACACUUUGUCCUGAGAAUAAAUCAGCUCAGAAUGUGAAAUACGAUAUUCUUGCCGUAGCUGUGGUAGUCGUGGUGCUGAAAAUGCUGUUCUUGCUGGAUGACCAUUAUGAAUGGUUACUAGCAGACUAUGCCGAAGAGAGAAACAAAAGGAAAGAAGAAGGCUGUCCAGUGUUUGAUAUUCGGAAAUGGUACCUAGUUGUAAAGAAUGCUCUGGAUGUGGAGCAGAAGAAAUUUAACGAAGGAAGAAUCAGACAUUUAUGGAGAUGUGAGAAGCCACUAUUGUUUUUUGUCCAUGAAACAUAUGCUUUCCUCAAGAAAAGACAAAUGGUAGUGGACCUUCAAAGGCAGUUCCGAACACUGUCUGGUUCUGUGGAACCUGCUGAGAAGCGGAGCCCCUCAAGUUUCCAGCUAAACUGGACUGAGGAAAUAGAUUGUUUCCACGGGCACAGCCUGGUUGGGAUUUUGCAACCAAAAGGCGACACAUUAACAACUCUGAACAGAAAGUAUUGGUUGUGUACGACUGCACUGUGCAAACGGAAGACGUGUGGUCAUUUGGCAUACUUUAAAGAGUCAAAUUUUCCUCAUUCCUACCAGUUUGUUUUAAAUCUGUUCUCCUUCAUCCUGCGGGUGAAGCCCUCUCUCAUCCAUGAAGAAGUCUGUGCGAUUGAACAUAAACUCUUCUAUACAGAACUUCGUAAAACAUCCAUACUCUCCAAAGUUUGAAAAGGUGGAAAGCUUUAAAAACCAAAGACUUAUCUCAAGAGAGCGAAGACCUUCAGUAAGUGCAAUAACCUAUACGGAAAAUUCAUACUCAUUAAGUGAGAUUUACUGACAUCAUCACAUUAAGACAGAUGCAGCUGCUCUGCAAUUUGUUCGUACUUCAGAUGUCACAUUCCUAGUCCAGCUACCACAGUUUGUUGGAGCAGAAACAAAUUGGGCUGCUUCAUACAAAAAUACUUUAAAUCAGUUUCUCGUUUGCAUCCAGACUGGGAAGCUUUUAUUGCAAAGCACAUUUAUUAGAUUGAGAAUGCGAUGUCUGAAUUGGACCUUACAGUUUGUUGCAGGGUGAGUGAUAAUGUGAUCCACUAAACUAAACACUGUUUCCCCCCAGUGAUAUUGUAAAAUUUUCAGGUGUUUUUAUACAUUUUGAACUUCUUGUUCGCUAUUGUAACAACAAAAACAUAUUGACGUAUUUUGAAAUAAACCUCUUUUUUUUUCAAACGAAGUUGCCAUUUAGCAUUCCUAAUGCUGUGAUCCUACAAUCUGAUGGUACCUUACUGGUUUAUCAGUGGUGUUGGCUGCUCCAUGAGGCAGAGAGCCAUCUGCUUCAGGUGGCAAGUUCUGUGUUGCUUAACAUUGUAUUCCCUCCACACCCCAGUUUAGAAUAGGAUUUUUUUUUUUAACCUCAGGUGCUAAAAUGUAUUGAUUGGGCUUGCCCCUUUGUGGAAUUCCUUUAGUUCUUUGGAGAUUUGUAAUGGCAUAGGAAUGUAGCCUAAUAGUAGUGAAUAAAACAAAUUAUUGCGUAAAUCUCCAGUCCUGUUACAGUGAGCAUUUUACCUUUAAUCCAGCCCAAUCUUAAGGCCAGCUAAGUGUAGUUACAGCUUUGAAAGCCAAAGUUCUUUGCCUGUCUGCAUCAGCAGUGUGUUGUCUCUAAUGCUUCAAAGAAGUAAGGUUCAGUGCACCAAUCCUGUUGACAUUUUGACUUCAUUGGGUGGUUAAAACAGAACGCUUUGGGUUGUUUUGUGUUUUUUGUGUCUUUUUCACAAUAAAAAAUGUGAUAGACUUGAA